AUGGUUGAGAAUACAGGAGAAGCCGUUAAACGUAUGGAAGAAUCUUUGUUAACAGCAGAGAUCGAACAGCUAAAGAAGCAUAAGCGAGUUGCAAAAGCGCAGAUGUCGAAGCUGUAUACGAAACUUUUGCGAUUGAUGGCUAACGAGAAGAGUGUAGCAGAAGAGUUGCUGCAAGAGGUCGAUACCUAUGAAGCGAAACAGCAGGAAACGUGGGAUAUUAUCGAAGAAUUGAUUACAGUGUAUAGGACAUCGGGUGACGAAAGAAACGCUGUGAAGGCCGAAGACGAGCUGGAAAAUAUAAUGAGAGAUACAAAUCGGGACGCGACGACAGUUAAGUCCUAUGCAACCGCGAUGGUGAGUAAACAAUACAGUCCCGGCGCGGUUGGUGAUGAACCGUUCAAAAAACGUGAAGGGAAUGCGGCAGAGGCAAUUGCCAAGCUGGGUUAUUCAGACGAAGCUUACGAAGAGGCAAAGAGAACUUUGGUACGUAAGUUUAGUGGCGAUCGUCGACAAAUACAAGCGCAUUUGGAGAAUCUUCGAGCCACCAAGUCGUUUCAAGAUGAUGACGUUCUAGAAAUUGAAAGGUUUUCGGAUAGUCUGGUGCAUUCGAUUGUUACGUUGAAGGAGCAAAAACAAUGGAAAGAAUUAAGACCGAACAGUACGCUGUACUUGUUGUUAAUCGAGAAGGUUCCAAGGUCGAUGCUGUCCAGAUUUUUCCGUUGGUUAUAUGAGAAAGUUAAAGAGGAGACUUUAGAAUCCUUGAGUGACUGGUUGGUUGAAGAAACAGAGUUCUUGAUUCACGCAAUGGAGACCAAAGAAGGCAUGUCGGUAAAGAAAACAUCUCGAGAUAAACGACCGCAUCGUAAUUUCGCUACUGUGACAGAUGGUCGACAGCGAAAUUGUGCUUGCUGUAACAAAAUUGGUCAUGGAGUAUGGAGCUGCGCAAAGGCUAAAGACGGAAGCGUGGCGCAACGUUGGGCUUUAGCAAAAGAAAAGCAGUUGUGUUAUCGAUGCCUCUCGGAUCAUCAUCUUGGGAGAAAUUGUCCAAGGACACGAGUCUGCGUUCUUGAAGGCUGUAAAAACAAUCACCAUCAGCUGCUACAUGACUCUGAGAGGAAGGAUCAGCAGGAAACCGACCGUGAUGGGAAAGAACGAUUGCUCAAGCCAAUUCCAGACCCAAACGAUCGAAAUACGUCCGCGUCACAAGAGCAAACUGGGAUAGAAAAGAAGACAUACAUAGCAACAUUAGCUGUGUCUCAAUCGUCUAACAAAGCGGGAUCAUUUCGUACUGUACCUGUGUGGUUGAAAGCGAAUGGUCAGAAGAUACGAGUUAAUGCUGUUCUUGAUGAUGCCAGCAGUGCGUCGUACAUUAGCGAAGAAGUGGCUGGGGUUCUGGGACUGUCUGCUCCAUAUGAACCUGUUACGGUUAAGGUUCUAAAUGAAAAUAUCGAGACUUUCGACACUAUGCCAGUGGACUUGGUUCUUGAGAGUAGCGAUGGUAGUGUUCAAGUUUCGUUCCGACCGUUUACGUGUCCGCGUAAGAUAACCGGAAGCUACAAGGUGGUAGACUGGAGAGGUUAUCAGAACCGUUGGCUUCACCUAGAAGUGUGUAAUUUCCCGAAGGCAACAAAAGAUCCGUUAGUGGAUGUUCUUAUUGGGCAGGAUCAAGUCGAUUUACACUAUGCUAGAUGUGAUGUGAAAGGAAAACCAGGUGAACCGAUAGCGAGAUUGGGUCCAUUUGGAUGGUCGUGCAUUGGAAACCCAGAAGAGAAAUCGUUGGUCUGCGAAUCACUUCGAACGAACCUGGUCUACACGUUCUUUGCAAAGUUUCAGCCACUUGAAGAGCUUAAUCGGUCGUUAAUAUAA